AGGAAUGAAACGCUGAUGUGGUAGUCCAGAUAGUAACUGACUAUGUUGUUGGUAGUUGUUGUGAGCUAACGCUGCUAUUUUAAGCUCGUUUAAGGAGGGUUAGCUUAGCUACCAGUUUUAGCUAAACCAAACGGUAUAGCAUAUUUUCUUUGUCGGUGUUAUAGUGUGGCUUCCGAGUUGCCAGAAAACGUCUUUAUUUAACAACUAAGUAGGUUUCGUAUCCUAAGCCAAUCUCUUUUGGGUGGUAAUGCUGGCUAAUAGCGUCAUCCCAGUAGCCUCCGUUUAUUUGCCGACUUACUGGUUGAUAAAUGAAAUUGUUAGCAAAAGCUAGUUAAGCUUUUAUUGCCUUUAUGAGUGCAGCUCCUAUUAAAAACCAUUACAAACUCUUCCCCUAAUGCAAUCAAUCAAGAUGGUGCCCCACAAGCACAGGAGUUCUUUAAAAAAGAAAUGCAACUCAGAGCUUGAGUUGGUCAUCAGCAGUCUGAGAAAGGAGAAUGACUUUCUGAAGAAAGCCGUGGUCGAGUCUCAUCAUCAUUAUUCAGCUCUGAAUAAUCUGCUGGAGAGAUUCCUUGCUCUUGAAACACUCAGGCUGGAGAAUAGUCAGCGCCGUAAGACUCAAGACGAUAUGACUGCUUCAGAGCAUUUGAGUGAGAUGGAAGAUAAACUGAUGGAUGGUGUCAGUCUGAGGGUAGAGGGAAACGUAUCCAGCUGCUUAUCAGAGAUUGAAGAACUCAAGGACGAGCUUGUGAGCAUCUCAACUAGGUGUCAAUAUCUGAAGAAUAAGGUUGCAGCAAAUCAGGACUUCACUUCUGAUGACCAGGCCCCCACUGACGACAUAAGAAAGCUUCAAUCUGACCUCAAAGAUGCCUUGGAGAAGAACAAGCAGUGGCUGGAAUAUGACCAGCAGAGAGAGGCCUAUGUGAGGGGAAUUCUGGCCAGAAUGUUAUGGCUGGAGAAGCAGCUGAAUGAAGCCAAUCAAGCCUGCUCACAGCAAGACAAUGAGACCCAUUCAGAUGUUGACACACAGAUAAUCCAGAUGCAGGGGUACUAUGAAAGACUCCUACAGAAAGCAAAAGAUAACCUGGAGGAGCUCAGGGAUGAGUUGGAUGAGACCCAACAAAACCUGCUAAGAACCCAGUGCAUGUGCAAUGAAAGGGAGAAAGAAGUAGAGGAGCUCAAGCAGCAGCUGCAAACUGAAAAAGCAAAGCAAGAAGUGGCAACAGAAGAUCACAUUUACUCUGGGAGUGAAGAAGAACACCUGAGUGAUGAGAUUGGAGACCUGCAGCGCAUGCUAAAUAAGGAGCGGCGCAAGUCAGCUCACUUAGAGCACCAGGCAGCCUUUCGUGAAGCAUAUUUCAAAAGUCUUUACCAUGAAGACCAGAGAAAGAUUGCAGAACUAGAGCGACAGAUCGAGAUUUCCUCGCAGGACCUGGAGGACGAGAGGCAGAAUUGUUUAUAUUUAAAGAAGCAAACAGACGGACUUGUGAAGAUGCUGCAAAACAUUAGACACCGUCAGGCAAAAGUGUCACACGUUGGCAUUAAAGGGAGAGAACAGCGAGACAGCAGCUCAGAUGAAGCAGCAUCCCCACCCACCAGAGAUGGUCCUUCAUCAUCCUAUCUACAGGAUGAAAGCUGUCUAGAGUGUCCCGUCUGCCAGACUCUGUAUCCUGCUUGUGAUUACAAAGAACUGAUUCACCACCUAGAAGACUGUCAGAGCUGAGAGAUCAGAUAAAAACACAACUUGUUCUGAGUUUUCUCUUGUAUGUAAUGUUAAUAAACAGCAGUUUUAAGGA